AAGAGUCUUCAAUCUUUAUCGGAUCGAGCUCCCAUUGCUUCUACAACAUUUUGAUGACCAUGGGUGCGUGGCACGGGAAACAGUGUCAAGUUCGACGACUACAUUCAGACAAGGUUGGGAUCAAUAUCAUGUGUUCUCUAAUAGCUUAAAUCUGGAUCAGAAUGCAUGGAACGAGAUGAGAUUGGAUGCACAGCUCAGAAUUUUUCUAAUGGCAAUCGCGUCAUCAAAGGUUAAACAAGAAACUGGUCAUAACUGCGGUCAUGAACGUUGUGAUGCAAAAGCUUCAAUUACAAUUUUAUCUCCGGGAAAUGACAUUCGAAAGUGGUUUUGCUAUCAAACUGAAGGAUCUUCAAUAAAUAUCAAGCUUCCUCCAGAUUGGUUUGAUACAAACUUCUUGGGUUUUACUCUAUCCGUUGUUGCAUUCGACAGAAAUAAUGGUUAUCCUGGUUACUCAGACUUGGGGUUUGGAUGUAAAUCCUAUUUCAAAACUAACAAUGGUGAAACCAUCGAGUUUAAUUGCUGUUUGAAUAAUUGGGAUUGCGGUGAGCAUAGAUCUGGAAGUGACGAUGCGCAUCAUGUGAUUAUGUGGUAUCUUAAUCCCCUAAAAGGAGAUGGAGCAAAAUGGUCCUCUAGUUUUUAAUUACAAUGUCACGGAGGCUUUCUUUGAGUUCUACCCUCUAGGUUGGUUGGAACAACCCACUGUGAAGAAGUGUGGGAUUGGCCUGCUGUCUUCCCCAGACUUUGAUUUCAUUGAUGAAGUUGCUAGGGAUAUCACAAGCAAGAAGAUGUCAUUGAAACUGAGAUGCAGUGAGGAGACGUCUAAACCUAGUCAGUGGGAAUUGUUAGCUCUUAAGGAAGAUCAUGCCAUCCAAGUCUCUCGCAAAGUGUAGUGAAAAGAGAUGCUCAUAGUCAAAUGCCUUUAUUUAAUAUCUCGGAAAGCUCAUUUGAAAUAUUCAUCCUGGACUGCACAAGGUAAUGUCAUGUAGAUUUUGAGUGUGGGUUAGCUUAUAAUGAUGCUACUGUAGUAAUCUCUUCAUAUCAUUGGUCCUGAUGAGAUUAUGGUCUGCUUAAUGGAUCCGAUAUUGAGAUUAUUAUAAUGUUUCCAAUGUUUUCAUUCAAGUCAGUCGGACGCUCAUUGUUGUUCAAGCUGCCUAACGAAUCUCUAAAAAUGAAUUUUAGGAAGGUAAGAAAAGAUUAUCCAGUGAAGCUGCAACAGCUACAAAUUGGAAUAGCAGGUAAGAAUCAGAUGCGAAGAGCUGUCACGGCUCAAGAUACCUCAAUUAAUUGGUACCCAAACAUGAGCAAUAUGUUCUGCUCUUCUUGGAAAUUACUUUGUGCUGAAGACCUUACCUAAGCAGUUAUAAAUAUAGAAGUUCCAUUGGUAAAUUCUGUCAGCAAAUCUGUUUGUAUAUUCUAAAUAGAGCUUUUAAUUUGUGGAUACAAAGUAUCAGUCAUUUUGAAGAUGUAGAGAAUAAUAAGACGUACUAGAAAUUGCCAAUUCAA